AUGAACCAAAUCAACGAGACCAAUGUGAGGGAGUUUGUCUUUCUAGCACUUACUCAAUUCCGGGAACUGGAGCUCUUCUUCUUCAUAGUCUUUCUUGCUGUGUAUGUGACAACUGUGCUGGGAAAUGCCCUCAUUGUGGUCACCAUCACCUGUGAGUCUCGCCUCCAUACGCCUAUGUACUUUCUCCUGCGAAACAAAUCAGUCCUGGACAUCGUUUUUUCAUCUAUCACUGUCCCCAAAUUCCUGGUAGAUCUUUUAUCUGAGAGGAGAACCAUCUCUUACAAUGGCUGCAUGGCACAGAUCUUUUUUUUCCACUUUGCUGGUGGGGCUGAUAUUUUUUUCCUCUCUGUGAUGGCCUAUGACAGAUAUCUUGCAAUCGCCAAGCCCUUACACUAUGUGGCCAUUAUGAGAAGACAGGUGUGGAUGACCUUGGUGAUAGCUUCCUGGGUGGGUGGUGGUUUGCAUUCAAUCGUUCAGAUAAUUCUAAUACUGCCACUCCCCUUUUGUGGCCCCAAUAUCCUGGAUGCCUUCUACUGUGACGUGCCUCAGGUGGUAAAACUUGCCUGCACAGAUACCUUUGUUCUGGAGCUUCUUCUGCUCUCUAACAAUGGACUGGUGACCCUGCUGUGGUUCUUUCUGCUCCUGGGAUCCUACACCAUCAUUCUGGUGAUGUUGAGAUCCUACUCUGGGGAGGGUCGGAACAAGGCCCUCUCUACCUGCACCUCCCACAUCCUGGUGGUGACUCUCCACUUCGUCCCCUGUGUUUACAUCUACUGCCGGCCUUUCACUACUCUGCCCAUGGACACAGCCAUAUCCAUCAACAACACGGUCAUCACCCCCAUGCUGAACCCUAUGAUUUAUACCCUGAGGAACAAGGAGAUGAAGUCCGCCAUGAGGAGACUGCAGAGGAGGCUCGGGCCUUCUGAGAGCAGUAAACUGGGCUGA